AUGCCCGACGCGAAGGCCCCGGCGAUGGCACCGCAGGCGCCGCUCUCGAAGAAUGCCAAGCGCCGCGCGAAGCGCAAGAUGCAGAAGGACGAGGAGCCCGUGCGCCCGGCUCCUCCGGUGCGCGAGCCUGCGCGCCAGGAGCCGGAGCCGAUCGAGGCCGAGGUGAUCGAGGCGCCGAUGGACAGCGCCAUGGCCGCCGAGUUUGCGGGCGUCCUCGAGCGCUUCCAGGCGCCCGAGGGCGAGGAGGAGAGUAGGGAGAAGGGCGACGUGAUGUACUCGGACGACGACAUGGACGAAGAGGCGCCCAAGGUCGCCUUUCCGCUGUCGCGCCGGCGGCAGCGCCAGAUGGAGCGCAUGAGCGUCGCCGAGCUCAAGCAGCUCGUCGACAAGCCGGAGCUCGUCGAGUGGGGGGACGUCGCCGCGGCAGACCCGGUGCUGCUUCUCUACCUGCGCACGGUACGCAACUCGGUCCCCGUGCCGCCUCACUGGGGCUCGAAGCGCGAAUACCUCCAGUCCCGCCGCGGCACGUCGCACAAGCGCUACGAGCUCCCGAAGAAUAUCGCCGAGACGGGUAUCGCGACGCUGCGCGACGCAAUCAAUAGCGCAGACGCGGACAAGACGCUCAAGGCCAAGACACGCGAACGCGUCCAGCCCAAGCUGGGGCGCAUGGACAUUGACUACCAAAAACUGCACGACGCCUUCUUCAAGUUCCAGACCAAGCCGCCGCUCUCGGGGUACGGCGAGACCUACUUCGAGGGCAAGGAGUUUGAGGCACGCUGCCGCAAGCGGCGCCCGGGCGAUCUGUCGCCAGCGCUGAAAGAGGCACUGUCCAUCCCGCCGCUCGCGCCACUGCCGUGGCUGAUUGCGAUGCAGCGCCACGGGCCGCCGCCGUCGUAUCCCCACCUCAAGAUCCCGGGAUUGAAUGCGCCGAUUCCCAAGGGCGCACAGUGGGGCUUCCACCCGGGUGGAUGGGGACGCCCGCCGCUGGACGAUGCGGGCAACCCCAAGUACGGCGACGUGUUUGGCGAGCAGCCCGACCCGAAUGCCGAGUUUGAGGGCGAGCCGGCUCAGUACGAGCACUGGGGCGAGAUGGCACCGGUCGAGUACGACGAGGAGAGCGAAGAGGAGGAGGAAGAAGAAGAAGAAGGGGGAGAAGAGGAGGAGGAAGAGGAAGAGGAAGAAGAGGAAGAAGAGGAAAAGGACACGACGUCGGGUGGCGGAAUCGAGUUCGACGGCAUGCAGACGCCGUCGGGCCUCGACACGCCGUCGGGCAUCCAGUCCGUUGCCGAAGGGCUCGAAACGCCGGCACACAUCGAGCUCCGCAAGAAUACCAAGCCGACCGCACCCCGCCCGACGGGGCCGCCUCCGCAACUAUACCAAGUCAUUCCCGAGCGCGAGGGCGGCGGACAGGCGCAGGGGUUCAUGGGAAGCGAACGCUUGUACGAUUUCUCGUCGCAGCAGCGCGAUUCUACAUAG